AACUACUGGCUUCCAGGGUUUGCUGGCUGUUCUGUUGCCUUGGAGAUUACUGUAAAGUCUGGUGCUGCUGUGACUCAUCUGAGGGAUCUGAUUACACAGUGGUCUUUUUGGUCUCCUGUCCAGAGGCAUGGCUAUUAAGCGCGGAGCCUCAUUAACCAUCUGAAGCUGCAGCCAGGUAGCCUACCUACUGUCACUGGACUGAUGGGCUUAUAAUGAAGCUGUAGAUCCCUCACCCCUCUCUCUGGAAUGGUGGCUCACUAAGGAUCAAAUAGCCACCAGCUGGACAUUGGGAAUGGCCACGCCCCUCUACAGGCUGUGUUGCUUCCUGCGGCGAGCUCAGAUGCUCCUCCUCUUCUUGGGUAUCGCCUACCUGAUGGCAGGGAGCAUUCUGCUGCUGCAGCGCUCCAGCCUGACCCUGAGGACCACCCAGCCACCAGGCAGUGCCAGCCUCUCUUCUCUCAUGGCACUGCCAGCGCCUCCCACAGCCGUGAGGGCUGCCCCCGGCCUGGGGAUGAGGGCGCGCUCCAGAUGGGCAGCCCCCCAGGGCGUGUUGGGUGGUGGAAUAGGCAUCAAGAUGGGGCGGCACUGGCCCACAUCCCGGCACCUGGGGGUCCAACAUCUGCACCGCCGCUGGUUCCACGGUCUGAUGCCAGACGCACAGGAGCAGAGGGGUCCUCUACAAAGCAAUACCAGGCACAAAGGGACCUACAUGGGCUGCUUCAUGCAUGAUGCCAAUGAUCAAGCCCUGGGGGGAACCGUAUUGUAUGACCUGCGCAAAAUGACCAGUUCUUUGUGUCAAGACACCUGCUCAGAAAGUGGGUACCGAUUUGCAGGUCUGGAGUACGGAGCAGAAUGUCACUGUGGUAACCACAUCAGCAGCUCGCGGGCCCAGGAGGAGGACUGUAGCCUGGUCUGCAGGGGGGAGAGAGGCGAGAGGGGAGUCCCCUGUGGGGGUGUGGGGCGCCUCUCAAUCUACAAGGUGGAGGAACAGCUCCCGGGACAGAGGAAAUUCAGAAACGUCCGCUACGGUGGCUGCUUCAAGGUUCCAAAGAACACCACCAACACCUUCCCUGUCUACUCCUUUCAACCAAACUCCACUUCACAGACCUGCAUCGAGACCUGCACAGAUAAGGAGCUCCCACUGGCUGUGUUGAGGAAGCCACAUUGUUACUGUGUCUGGGCCUCGUUUCUGUUUAGACUGAGUCAACGUUUGCCACUGGACCAGCCAUGUCUGGAGACUAAUGGCACAGAGCACACUGAUGCAUCCCCGUCUGACCAAGACUACUUCCAGGUCUACCAGACACCUGUACUUGACUCUAGGUGCAAAGAGAGGACAUUUCUGCCUGAGAGGUCUACCUCCCUGGUUGCUCUCUCUAGCUUCCCCGGAGCUGGAAACACCUGGGUACGCCACCUGAUCGAGCUGGUGACGGGCUACUACACUGGUAGCUUCUACUUCGAUGGCUCGCUUUACAAUAGAGGUUUCAAAGGGGAGAAGGACUACUGGAAGAGUGGGCGUAGCAUCUGUGUUAAGACACAUGAGAGUGGACAGAGAGAAAUAGAGAUGUUUGACUCUGCCAUCCUGCUGAUCCGUAACCCCUACGGUUCCCUCAUGGCAGAGUUCAACCGGAAGUGUGCUGGACACCUGGGCUAUGCCACAGACGCACAGUGGAGGAGCAAAGAAUGGCCAGAGUUUGUUGACAGCUACGCCCCCUGGUGGGCAUCCCACGCUCUGAGCUGGCUGCAGUUUGGCCGUCGGCUGCUGGUGGUACACUACGAGGACCUGCAGAGGGCGCUCUUCCCCCAGCUCCGCCUCCUCACUUUGUUCCUCAACGCCACCAUGAUGGAGGAGAGGCUGAUGUGUGCCAAAAGCAACCAGGACGGACACUUCAAACGCUCUGGGGGGGCCCAGCGGCCUUCCUUCGACCCCUUUACAACAGAGAUGAGGAGCACCAUCGAUUCCUACAUACUCAAGGUGGACCAGGCCCUGAGGGACAGGAACUACAACGGCCUGCCACACAAAUACUAACCCAGAUGAUCACCAGCUCAUCCACACUACAGCCCAAAAGGACAUGACAACAACUGAAGGGGGAAGGUGCAAUCUCUGCCACCACUCCAAGGGGAGUUGUCCAGUCAACUAAUUAGCAUGGUUGGGUGAAAGUUUUUAGAUGUGUUGAAGAAUUCUGUGAGCUACAAAUCAUUUCCAGAAGAGUGGCUCAGAGGGAAGGUGACUGUAUGAACACACCAAUGAUGCACUUGACAUUGCCAACCCACUGUGAAUGGCUGCAGAGAGUUGUGGAGUAACAAUGAGUUAGACUUUAGUGUGAACUGUCAGUUUCACUGGGAUGAAAACAUUGCUGAACAUUACAGCUCCUGCUGAAAGUGACACAUUCCCCUUUUUACUGCAGGCAUUCAGAGUAUGGAACAAUUUCCUGUCUGCACAAACAAUUCCAUCAAGCAUUGUAGACUGUGAGGCCUUUAGCUUGUAAUGGAAUCUUUAGGUCGUUUGAAUUUGUUUUGGAUUUUUGUGAUGUUUAAUAUCAGUUUUACUGAUAGAGGGCGGUUAAACAGAAAACAUGCCAUCCAACAAUGUAAUCUGGUGGUUGUAUUGGACUUUUGCUAAUUAAAUGUCCUAUGUUUAGCUCUAUUGUCAGGUUUUCCAUUAUUGGUUGAAUGAUGACUCAUAUCUUGUUGUGGUAGUCAGUGGGUAGUGAAACUGAGGUGUUUGGUCUUAUGCAGGCUUUUUUGUUUGUUUGUGGUUGUAUCAGUUUGUAAGUGGCUUCCAUUUCUCUGAGAGACAUAAAGUGACACUGUACUGGGUAAACAGCCCAUUCGUAGCACUGUGUACCAUAUCUUGUACAAAUUGUGGCUGGUCUAAUAGCUUUGGUCUAAUUUGGUCUAGUAGCUUUCCCAUGUUUAUAGGGGAAAGUGUACCGCUUGAGAAUAGAAUAUGGACACUUGAGUGCAAGAUAUUUUCCCAAAUUAUAAUUUUUAAUUGCAUGCUUAAUGUUCAGUCUGUUACUGCAAACAACAAGUCAACACAUUGGGAAGAUAAUGGCCAGAAAGGUAUUUGAAGAUAGACAAACAAACAAUUGGUCAUAUUAAUGAAUCUAAAAACUGGAUCCAUGCACAGACAGACGGCAGCACUGGCAUCUGUUUAUGUAGAUUAGCGGCAUAGUUGUGGAACAAAACAAACACAGACUAAUUAGAAAAUAAAUAUGGUGCAAUUCUCUGGCUGUCUGCCAUUGUGUUUGGCUGAUGACAGACUAUAAAGAAUUUCACACAAAGACAACGGAAAACUAAUCAACUCAUUGAACCCUAUCAUUUAAAUUAGAAUUUGUUGAGUUUUUUGGGGUGUGUUACAAUGCAUUUGCAUAGUGAUGUGGGCUCUAAGCCACUGA